AUGAUUAUUCCCGUUCGCUGUUUCUCGUGUGGAAAGGUCACGGGCGACCUGUGGGAGCGCUACCUGAAGCUCAUCGACGACGGCAUUACUGAUGGCGAUGCGAUGGAUCAGUUGGGCCUCAAGCGUUAUUGCUGUCGUCGCAUGGUCAUGACCCACGUCGACCUUAUCGAGAAGCUCCUGAAAUACACUCCCGAUGGUCGCAACGAGAAGAAGAUGUCCCUGAACCCGUAA